AUGUCUUCAAAUCUACCAUACACUUGCAACACCUGCUUGGUGGCAUUCCACCGCAGUGAUGCACAGAGAGACCAUAUGCGCAAGGACUGGCACUUGUACAACAUGAAGCGCCGUAUCGCCGCCCUGCCCCCUGUCUCCCAGGAAACAUUCAACGAGAAGGUUAUGGCCGCCAAGGUUACAUCUACCGAGGCUGCCGCCAAGGCCUCAUUCGAGAAAACUUGCCAUGCCUGCCAGAAGACUUUUUUCAGCGAAAACUCCUACCAGAACCAUGUGAAGAGCUCCAAGCACAAACAACGUGAGGCUCGUCUGAGCAAGGAGGGUGACGAUGCGUCCGUUAUGAGUUCUGCUUUCUCUCUUGGAGAGCCGGUUGGCAAGUCCAAUGCAGAUGUCUCCCUUGUCACCGACGGUCUUAAGGCGGCUACUAUUGCCGAGGAGGAGGAAGAAGAAAAGGACGAGGAGAUGCAAGAGGAGAAGGAUGUCUUCUCCUCAUCCCGUUGCUUGUUCUGUCGCACUGAGUCUGCCGAUAUUGAUGCGAAUGUUGAGCACAUGUACAAGAACCAUGGAAUGUUCAUUCCCGAGCGAGAGUACCUCGCCAAUUUGGAAGGUCUUCUCAACUACCUUUACCGCAAGAUUACCGAAAACCACGAAUGUCUCUACUGCCAUGCUAUCAGAAACAAUGCUGAUGGUGCUCGCACCCACAUGCGUGAUAAGGGUCAUUGCAUGAUCGCUUUCGAGGCUGAGGAGGAACAGAUUGAGAUUGGACAGUACUACGAUUUCCGCAGUACCUACUCCGAUGAGGAGGAGGAUGAGGAGGAUGAGGACGAAACUAUGGCCGAGGCCGGUGGUGUCAAGAUUAAGGGCUCAGAUGGUGAUGACGAUGGCUGGGAAACCGAUUCCUCCUUCGAUGACGAGGUUGACUCUCGUCGCAAGGCUCCACUUAUCUACCAGGAUGAUUACGAGCUUCACCUUCCCUCUGGUAAGAGUGUUGGCCAUCGCUCGCUUGCCAAGUACUACCGCCAGAACCUGCACAGCUACCCCACUGCUGAAGAACGGGCUACCCGCCAGCUUGCUAUUGAGAAUGGUGAAAUUGAAGAAGAGCCCAAGCCUCGUGGCCGUAAUGAGAAGCGUGCUCUUAUCUCUCGCGGCAAUGGUGGUGUUGGUAUGGUUGGUGCUACAGAUGAACAGAAGGCGACUGCUCUUGUCUUAGAACGUCGUGAGAGAACUCGUGCUCAACGGGGCGAGAACCGCAAUCUUGCUCGUCUCCAAAGAAUCGGCAACUCCCAGAAGCACUUCCGGGACCCCUUGCUGCAGUGA